CCAGGGGAGCGCACAGCAAGCCAGUGCAGGUGCUGGCGAGAUAAUGGGCAUUAACACUCUUUCCUGGGGUAUCUCCGCUCACAGAUCCGGGGGACGGUGACCAAUCCCACAGCCCCCCAUCGGAGCGGGUGGCACUGCCAGACCCAGGUGUCACCCCGGGGCCAUGGCAGGCAAGCCGCUAGCCCUGUCCCAGGAGGCUCUGGCCCAGUUCAACCAGGCGGUAGCGUCAGAGAACCCGGAGGCCGCACACCUGAGGGUGGGCUCGCUGUCCACCCGCCGCAGCUCUCACUCGGUGGACAACCCACCCAGGCCCCUGAUGCGGCUGAAGAGCAUAGAGGAGGGGAAGCCGCCCUCCCUGCACUCCCGGAGGAGCUCCGUCAUGAGCAUCGCCAACGCCCCCUUCACCAGCCGAAGAAACUCUGUCUCCAUGGCAAUGGGAGGGAGGCGCCUCUCCAUCGGCCCCUGGAUGCACAGCGGGCGGGUGAGCUUCUCGGGGCUCCCCCUCUUCCAGCCCAUCCGGGAGACGCAGUAUGAGAACACCUACAAGACCCGGCCAGACGAAGGCUGCAAGUUCGACGCCUGCCGGGCCCAGCGGGCACUGGAGUCCAUCCUCACCAGUUACCUGGGGGAUGCCAAGUACAACCCGCUGACGAGCGGGCAGCUGGCCCAGAGCCUGUCUGAGCUCAUCCGCAGCCGCCUGAAGGACCUCACCCCGCCCCGCUACAAGCUGGUCUGUAACGUCUUCCUGGGCCAGCAGGGCCAGCAGAGCCUGCAGGUGGCCAGCCGCUGCCUCUGGGACACGGAGAAUGACAGCGUCGCCUCCGCCACCUUCGUCAACGCCUCCCUCUUUGCCGUGGCCACGGUGCACGGGCUGUACUUCGAGUAGCGCCCGGGCCAGCUCCUGCCAGGAUCGGAGUGCCACACUCCGCCGACGGCACGGCAGGAGAGGCCCAGCCAGCAAUAAAGAGAAGCUUGCCCUGACCUCUGGGGCUUGUAUUAA